AGGUGUCUUUUUGUAGUAUUUAUUUUGGGGUCAGCAAGAUGUGUCAUGACAUCAUGUCUACAUGCACUGCCGAACGGAUCGUGGUGCCCUGCCGGGGCGAUGUGCAGAUCUACCAGGUAGUGAAGGGAAAGAUCCCAGGCAACCUGAAGGCUGCGCUGAGCGAGCCCCUCUCGGAGGAGGACGUGAAGCACAUUUUUCGAGAGGUGGGGUUGCAGACGGCCCAGCCAGUACCGCCGGGGCAAAGACCCAAGGUGCUUUGGUCCUUUGGCCCACCGGCGGCCGGCAAGAGCACGCUCGCCCACCGGCGGGCGGAGGAGCUCUUCGGGAGCGAGGGCUCUGUCUGCGUCGAUGGCGACGAGAUCCGGGAUCGGCACCCCGCCUUCCGGGACGUGACUCAGCACGGCUUGGAGAGCCAUGUGCUUCACAAAGAUGCCUGGGAGGUCUUGAAAGCAACAGGCGUCGUUGAAGGCCUCAAAAAGAGGAUCCUGCAUGAGGCGAUCCAGCAGCGGCAGAAUAUCACCCUGCCGGAUUGUGCCUUGAAGCCUGCACGAGUCAUGGAGAUGUUCAAAGCUUUGCAAGCAGCUGACUAUGAGAUGCAUGCGAUCUGCCUUUGGACACCAUGCCAAGAGGCUGAAAGGCGUGGGCGCUUACGCUCGGUGGCCACCGGAAAGGCCUACAGCCCCAAGUUCCACCGGCCCAGUCGUGAUGGAACCAUUGAAGUGGCUCACUACUGGGAGCAGAUGAGGCAGUCGAAUCAUCAAUUUCAGAGCAUUGAGUAUUACGACACGACGGGUGCGCCGAUGCAGCUCGAGUUCAGCUCCUUCGAGCGCUUGACCGAGACGGAGUUCAGGCGUUCGUCCUGGAGGACUGAGGAUGGCCGGCGAGAGUCGCUCUUGAAGAAGCUAGUCCAAGACGAAAGGCCCGAGGUGGAGGAGCGAAGCAUGUCAACGCGAUCUCGCCAAAGCUGGUGGAGUUGGCUUUGGCAAAGGCCGCUCAUGACCCGAUUCUGCGAAUUCUGUGGCUUUCCGCUCACUGCCAUAGGAGUCAUUCCACUGGGGACCUUCGGACUCUUUCGCAUCUUGCGGCUUUGAACUGUGGGGACCGGACCGGCCUCCGGGCCGCCGGACCUACUGGACAUCACCGGUUGCGGAGCAGCUGGAGAGGGGAAGGAGAGGGUGACGCAGCCCAGGCUACGUGGUGAGCUUCCAGAAAAAGCACCGUGAGAGGCCAUAACAUGGCCUCCAACCUAGAAUAGCG